GCUGUGCGAGAGGCUGGAAAUGGAAGUGUUGAUGCUCUGGCUUUUCCCCUGGAUAUUUCAGUGCGUUUCGGUGCGGGCGGACUCCAUCAUCCACAUUGGUGCCAUUUUCGAAGGCAAUGCUGCCAAGGACGACGAGGUGUUCAAGCAGGCGGUGUCGGAUCUGAACCUCAAUGACGACAUCCUCCAGAGCGAGAAAAUCACUUACUCCAUCAAGCUCAUAGAGGCCAACAACCCCUUCCAUGCGGUGCAGGAAGCCUGCGACCUGAUGACCCUGGGGAUCUUGGCCCUGGUGACGUCGACGGGCUGCGCGUCGGCCAACGCGCUGCAGUCGCUGACGGACGCCAUGCACAUCCCGCACCUGUUCGUGCAGCGCAGCACGGGCGGCUCCCCGCGCACGGCCUGCCAGCUCAACCCCAGCCUCGAGGACGAGGAGUACACGCUGGCCGCGCGCCCGCCCGUGCGCCUCAACGACGUCAUGCUCAAGCUGGUCACCGAGCUGCGCUGGCAGAAGUUCAUCGUCUUCUACGACAGCGAUUACGAUAUACGUGGGCUGCAAGGAUUUCUCGAUCAGGCCUCCAGGCUGGGGCUUGAUGUAUCAUUACAAAAAGUGGACAGGAACAUCAGCAGAGUGUUUUCCAACCUUUUCACCACCAUGAAAACGGAAGAGCUGAACCGCUACCGGGACACGUUGCGAAGGGCCAUCCUACUCCUGAGCCCACGGGGAGCCCAGACUUUCAUUAAUGAGGCUGUGGAAACCAACCUUGCAUCAAAGGAUAGUCACUGGGUCUAUGUAAAUGAGGAAAUCACUGAUAAUGAAAUAUUAGAGCUGGUGCAUAGUGCUCUGGGGAGGAUGACAGUGAUCCGGCAGAUUUUCCCUCUGGCAAGGGACAACAACCAGAGGUGCAUGAGGAACAACCACCGAAUAUCAUCGCUGCUGUGUGAUCCACAGGAAGGCUAUCUUCAGAUGCUGCAGGUUUCCAACCUGUACCUGUAUGACAGUGUGCUCAUGCUGGCCAAUGCUUUCCACAGAAAACUGGAGGACAGAAAAUGGCACAGCAUGGCAAGUCUGAACUGCAUGAGGAAAUCCACCAAACCUUGGAAUGGAGGAAGAUCCAUGCUAGAGACUAUUAAGAAGGGUCAUAUAACUGGGCUAACUGGUGUUAUGGAGUUCAGAGAAGAUGGAGCCAACCCCUAUGUCCAAUUUGAAAUACUGGGCACCAGCUACAGUGAAACAUUCGGCAAAGACGUGCGGAGGCUGGCGACGUGGGACUCUGAGAAGGGCCUGAACGGCAGCCUGCAAGAGCGACGUCUGGGCAACGACUUGCAGGGAGUGACACUCAAAGUGGUGACUGUCUUGGAAGAACCUUUUGUGAUGGUGGCAGAGAACAUCCUUGGGCAGCCAAAACGAUAUAAAGGAUUUUCCAUUGAUGUCUUGGAUGCACUAGCCAAGAAUCUGGGCUUCAAGUAUGAGAUAUAUCAAGCUCCUGAUGGCAAGUAUGGACACCAGCUCCAAAACAGCUCCUGGAAUGGCAUGAUUGGAGAACUCAUUAACAAGAGAGCAGACCUGGCCAUCUCAGCCAUCACCAUAACACCCGAGCGGGAGAGCGUGGUGGACUUCAGCAAGCGCUACAUGGACUAUUCCGUGGGCAUCUUAAUCAAAAAGCCCGAGGAGAAGAUCAACAUCUUCUCCCUCUUCGCUCCUUUCGACUUCGCGGUGUGGGCCUGCAUUGCUGCGGCCAUCCCGAUCGUGGGGGUGCUGAUCUUCGUGCUGAACCGCAUCCAGGCGGUGCGGGCGCCCGGCGCGGCGCAGCCCAGCCCCUCCGUGUCCUCCACCCUGCACAGUGCCAUCUGGGUCGUGUACGGAGCCUUCGUGCAGCAAGGGGGUGAAUCCACUGUCAAUUCUGUGGCUAUGCGCAUUGUAAUGGGAAGCUGGUGGCUCUUCACCCUUAUUGUGUGCUCUUCCUACACAGCGAAUUUAGCAGCAUUUCUCACAGUAUCAAGGAUGGAUAAUCCCAUAAGAACAUUUCAGGAUCUGUCCAAACAAAUGGAUAUAUCUUAUGGUACAGUCAGGGACUCGGCAGUGUAUGAAUACUUUAAAGCAAAAGGGACCAACCCUUUGGAGCAGGAUAACACAUUUGCUGAACUGUGGAGAACUAUCAGUAAGAAUAAUGGGGCAGAUAAUUGUGUAUCAAACCCUUCUGAAGGCAUCAGGAAGGCAAAGAAAGGAAAUUAUGCUUUCCUGUGGGAUGUGACAGUGGUGGAAUAUGCUGCACUAACAGAUGAUGAAUGCUCUGUGACAGUCAUUGGAAACAGCAUCAGCAGCAAAGGAUAUGGGAUAGCACUCCAGCAUGGAAGUCCCUACAGAGAUCUUUUCUCCCAGAGGAUCCUAGAGUUGCAAGAAAGUGGAGAUUUGGAUGUUCUUAAACAGAAGUGGUGGCCACGGAUGGGACGUUGUGACCUGAAUAGCCAUACCAAUGCGCAGACAGAUGGCAAGGCACUCAAGCUGCACAGUUUUGCAGGCGUUUUCUGCAUUUUAGCAAUAGGCCUUCUUCUUGCUUGCUUGGUGGCAGCAUUGGAGUUGUGGUGGAACAGCAACCGUUGUCAUCAAGAAACACCGAAAGAGGACAAAGAAGUGAAUCUGGAGCAGGUGCACAGACGCAUGAACAGUUUAAUUGAUGAAGACAUAGCCCACAAGCAGAUCUCUCCAGCGUCCAUCGAGAUCUCAGCGCUGGAGAUCGGUGGCAUGCAGCCAGCUCAGACCCUGGAGCCGGUGCGCGAGUACCAGAACACGCAACUUUCUGUCACCACCUUUUUACCAGAACAGACAACCCAUGGUGCCAGCAGGACACUCACAGCUGCCUCGGGCAGCAACCUGCCGCUGCCCCUGAGCAGCUCAGCCACCAUGCCCUCCAUACAGUGCAAACACAGGUCACCCAACGGAGGACUAUUCCGGCAGAGCCCCGUGAAAACCCCGAUCCCAAUGUCAUUCCAGUCCGUGCCGGGGGGAGUCAUUCCAGAAGCAAUGGAGCCCUCGCAUGGAACAUCCAUAUGA